GUUUUGAAGCGGACCCUUUUCCGUGGCCAACAUGGCGGACUACGACCUGACUACCAAAAUUGCUCAUUUUUUGGACAGACAUCUCGUUUUCCCGCUGCUGGAAUUCCUGUCUGUCAAAGAGAUAUACAAUGAAACCGAGCUUCUUCAUGGGAAGCUUGAUCUUCUCAGUGACACCAACAUGGUGGACUUCGCCAUGGAUGUGUACAAGAGUUUGUUUCCUGACAAGGAAAUACCAAACUCCCUGAGAGAGAAGAGGACUGCAGUUGUGGCCCAGCUCAAACAGCUGCAGUCUGAGACAGAGCCCAUUGUUAAAAUGUUUGAGGACCCUGAGACCACCAGACAAAUGCAGUCAACAAGGGACGGGCGUAUGCUGUUUGACUAUCUGGCCGACAAGCAUGGUUUCCGCCAGGAGUACUUGGACACACUGUACAGAUAUGCCAAGUUCCAGUAUGAGUGUGGGAAUUACUCAGGUGCAGCAGAGUACCUCUACUUCUUCAGGGUCCUGGUUCCUGCGACGGAUAGAAACGCACUGAACUCCCUGUGGGGCAAGCUGGCCUCUGAGAUCCUGAUGCAGAACUGGGAGGCUGCCAUGGAGGACCUCACCCGCCUGAGGGAGACUAUCGAUAACAAUACGGUGAGCUCCCCUCUCCAGUCUCUUCAGCAGAGGACAUGGCUGAUCCAUUGGUCUCUUUUCGUCUUUUUCAACCACCCCAAGGGCCGAGACAACAUCAUUGAGCUUUUCCUGUACCAGCCGCAGUAUCUCAAUGCCAUUCAGACCAUGUGCCCUCAUAUUCUGCGCUACCUGACCACAGCUGUCAUCACUAACAAGGAUGUGCGCAAGCGCCGACAGGUCCUGAAGGAUCUGGUCAAAGUCAUCCAGCAGGAGUCUUACACCUACAAAGACCCCAUCACGGAAUUUGUCGAGUGCCUGUAUGUGAACUUUGACUUCGAUGGUGCUCAGAAGAAGCUUAGAGAGUGUGAGUCGGUGCUGGUGAAUGAUUUCUUCUUGGUGGCAUGUCUUGAGGACUUCAUUGAAAAUGCUCGCCUGUUCAUCUUUGAGACGUUCUGCAGAAUUCACCAGUGUAUCAGCAUAAGCAUGCUGGCGGACAAGCUGAAUAUGACUCCUGAGGAGGCAGAAAGAUGGAUCGUCAACCUCAUUCGCAAUGCCAGGCUGGAUGCUAAAAUCGACUCCAAGCUGGGUCAUGUGGUGAUGGGCAACAACGCCGUGUCGCCUUAUCAGCAAGUGAUCGAGAAGACCAAGAGCUUGUCUUUCCGCAGCCAAAUGCUGGCCAUGAACAUUGAGAAGAAGAGCCACAGCAACAGGAAUGAGACUCCUAACUGGGCUGCUCAGGACACAGGCUUUUAUUGAGCAGCGCUGUGGACGGUAUUCUGCCAUGUUCAUCCUGUUCCUCUCCAGCAUUCCCCUUUUGCCAAUGAACAUGCUGUUUCUCCAAUCGUGACCUUCAGAGGAGUGAGAGUGAAGCCUUAUUUUAACGCUGGAUUCAGUACAUCUGGUAUUCAAUAAAAAAAAACACCAUUACAGAA